GAAAAGGAGGGGGGUGGGGAAUAGAGUGUGAGGCCGGGCACGAUACGCCGGAGGGGGGCGGCCAGGCUUCUCUCCCCUCCGUAGUGGUGGGUAGGUCUCCGCCGAAUACCGGGCCAUACAGCCCGGCCUCUCUCCCAUGCCUCGGGACGCCGCUGCGGAGGGGCGGCGGCGAAGACGAAGGAGGAGGCGGAGGAGGAGUAGUAGCGCCGAGCUGUGAGGAGCCUUGCUGCAUGCCGCCGGGGAGCGGAGGGGGACGAUGCGCGAGUACAAGGUGGUGGUCUUGGGGAGCGGCGGGGUCGGCAAGUCGGCUCUGACCGUCCAGUUCGUGACGGGCACCUUCAUCGAGAAGUACGACCCGACCAUCGAAGACUUCUACCGCAAGGAGAUCGAGGUGGACUCGUCCCCCUCCGUGCUGGAGAUCCUGGACACGGCCGGCACCGAGCAGUUCGCUUCUAUGCGGGAUCUGUACAUCAAGAACGGCCAGGGCUUCAUCCUGGUCUACAGCAUGGUCAACCAGCAGAGCUUCCAGGACAUCAAACCCAUGAGGGACCAGAUCAUCCGCGUCAAAAGAUAUGAAAAGGUGCCAGUAAUCUUGGUUGGCAACAAAGUUGACCUAGAAAGUGAGCGUGAAGUGUCAUCUAACGAGGGACGCGCCUUGGCAGAAGACUGGGGAUGCCCUUUUAUGGAAACAUCAGCAAAGAGUAAAACAAUGGUGGAUGAGCUUUUUGCAGAGAUUGUUCGGCAAAUGAACUAUGCAGCCCAGCCUGAUAAAGAUGACCCUUGCUGUUCUGCGUGCAAUAUACAAUAGCGCUUUUAUGUAACUUUAGGUAGACAUGACUAUAUUUUAGCACCAAUGGUUUAAAAAAGUUUUUUUUUUUUUUUCCUGUGAUUUUCCCAAAGAGAAACAUUGAGUGAAACCCUUGCAAAAGUUGUGAAAUGGAAGUAUGAUUUGUCAAAAAUAAUAUUUUAAGAUUCACCAUUUUGCUACAUUAAUAUGUAACUUGUGGCAUUGUGUUUGUGGCUGUCACAGCCAUCAUCUUUUUGCCACAUUACAGUGGAAAGAGUUGUCUUUUAUUCAAUAAAAGGCUUUCGAAACUUCAACCCCACUAACUAGACUGAGAUUUCACCAGUGUUUUUAAAGUAUUCUUUUCUUCCUGAACUGGACAGCGUUGGGCAGACAGCUGGACAACGUAAUAACGCCUGUACAUCUGCAAAAAAAAAAAAAAAAAACAACCAUUAAAAAAAAAAAAAACCCUGCCUACCAAGACAUCAACAAGGAGAUGCAGCUGGAUAUGUAUGAAGAAAUGGAAAUGCACGCAGUCUUGUUUUGGAAAAUGAAGCCAUGUUUCAUCUAGAUGAGGGAGCAAGCUGUCAAUUUCUGCAUGCUUCCUAACAAUCAUUGGACCUCAAUAAACUCUUAGAAAAUGUUAUUGGCUUAUUAUACUUUAGCAUAACAAUUUGAUUCAAAAGUUCAGUUCCGACUAUUUUUAUUUUUGACUAAUGCUGAUUAGGCUAUUGUGAAGUGAAUGUUGCUGUGACAAGGUGCUGAUGUCCUGGCAUUUAAUAUGAAUUGAACCAAGUAUACUUAUUUGCAUGGGCAGCUGCGCACAAAUGCGUCCACAAAACAACAUUUUAAAGGAUUUCUAAUUUGAGAUCAGAAAACCCCAAAAAAGUCUUCUAUAGCGUCAUGGGAAAAAAAAAAAUAAGAUCCAUAUUCUGAAUAUUUGAUAGAAAUAGUGUCCAUUUCUUUUGUGGGAGUGAGAAGCAGUGUGAAUGUACAGUAACUAUGUAUGCUGGUUUCCAGUUCUUGUAUUUGAGCUGUGGUUCUUUGUAUUUGCUCCACAGCGUUAAAUAUAUACACUGAAUUAUCCCAGAAUAAAAAAAAAGUGCUUUUUUUUUUUUUUAUGUGACUUAAUACAAUGUGCUACUUCUUGUACACAGAACAAGCACACAGUUUGUUCAUAUCUGCCUGGACAAGGAUGUAGGUAUCUAACAAAUUUUAGAAUUCUUCUUUUGUUUUUCAAUAUACACAGUUUGUUUUGCUCUCUGAUGGGUCUACUGAGUCCCAUCAAAUCACCAGUAAUAAUUUAUUACAUUUUUUGCAUUUUGUUUUUGAACAGUGUGGUGAAACUUAACAAAAUAUACACUGUUGUUUGCCUAUGUACUUUUUGUUUUGUGUAAAGACAUUACAGUCACAUCUUGUAUUUUGCACAUGUAACAGAAUCUCCCUUUCAACAUUGAAGUCAUUUUAAAGCACUGAUUUAUUCUCUGUAUGAACUUUUCUUGAAGAUAUUUUAAUGCGUAAACAGGAAAAAAAGUUUACUAAAAACACAAUAUUUGUUAUAUUAAAGUGCAUUUUUUGUAAUCCAUAAUUCAGUAUAUGGAAUGUAGGAUGGGCAUGAAACACAAAACAAAGUUCUCUAUUUUUUAAAGUGCAUCUAAACCCUCAUUGAAAAAAAAGCCCAAAAAGUUAUUUUCCUUGUAUGUGAAUGUCUUUUUGUCUUCAGGCCCACAGUGUCUGUUUAAAAAGAAAAACAAACUUUAAAAGUGCCCCAGGCCACAUUUUGUGUCAGAGUGCUCUAAAUGAAGUGCUGUCACACUAAAUGAACGUUCCAAAGGUGGACCACGAAAGGAUGUGCUGGUUCAACAACUGCUGAUACAGUAAGCGUCAUCCUUUACUGCAAUCCUGAAACACCCCACUCGGGAUUGCCCACUACAGAUAUGAUUGGCAAGGCAUCCUGGAGAGAGAAUGGUUAGAUUUUUUGAUUCUUCAAUGUCAUGCAUGAGUCCACGCUCCUACUGGAAGGUGUGGCAAUGAGCAGCAGCGCUGUGUUUGGCACUAACAACUAAAAUUAUUCAAAUGUGAGUAAAUGUGCAUUUUUUUUUUCUAAUACAAUAAUGCUUUUUUGAGUUAAGUCAUUUCGUGGAAAUGGUACGGCUAGAGGGUUUAGUUGUACUUUGUCUUCUGCUUAGAAUGACUGAGUAAUGGGAUCCUAAGGCUGUAUGUAUUUUUAGUGCAUUUUGCAGAUUUGCGCUACAGUCCAUCUAACAUGGUUUCCUAUGGGUCACAUUCUGUAGUGCAAAAAGCACUAAAGAUGCAUAGGUGUGAAUCCAGCCUUAGUGCUACCAAAUUGUUGGCCUUUAGGUUGAUACUGGUCCAGAAUGACAACAUGACUUGGUCCAAAGACAAGAUCAGUGCCGAAUAAUAAUUCAUUCAGUGGGGCUGCAUUAAUACUGGGUAAGUUGGAAAAUACAGCCUGGUGAUGACUGCUAAUGAGCUGCAUUCAUUUGUUUUUGUGCAAAUGGGUAAAAUAAUUUGACUACAUGGCCCAAGCAACAAAAGGUGGGAUAGUUUGACCAUCCUAUUUUGGGAGCCUGGGCAGUGAUCCUGGUAUUUGCGCCAAGCUGCAGAAUUAUAAGUAGUCUGUUUAAUUUGGAGAUUGUGUAAGGGAAGAAAUUACGGUGAUGUCAGUGUUCAUAAAAUCAUUUGAGAAACAGCUGUUACUGGUUUAUGCAGUACCAUUGUUGACAGCUGGCAAUAAACUAUAUAUUUAACUUGG